UGAACACGCAACUGUUUUGCACGAGCUACAUUUCUGGCCGCCGAUCGGAAUGUAAUUACAGUCCGGUUAUUCAAAGUAACGAGGGCAUUUUUGUCGGAAUCUCCGGAUCGCACAGCAAGGCAUCCAUUCUCUCUCCUUCUAUCUCUGGUGAGGAGCCUGAGGGGCCGCACCAGGAUCGUCUAUCUGCCUGCGUACCCCCAGCCCCGCCCCAGCUAUGGGUCCCCAUUCCCCUGUCCUGUGCCUCCUUUCCCUGCUCCUCCUGCUGUGGAGCCUGAGCCAGGGCCACGGCACCAUCUCCUGCCCGGCUAACUGCAGAUGCUACAGCCUGACUGUGGAGUGUGGGUCCAUGGGCAUCCGGGACGUCCCGAAACACGUCCCGCCCACCACACAGACCAUCUUUCUUCAGGACAAUAUGAUUGGUCAGAUUCGGCGAAAAGACCUCCCACAACUGAGGCGGCUGCACUACCUCUACCUGCAGAACAACACCAUCUCGGCCGUGGAGGCCGGCUCCUUCCAAAACCAGCAUCAACUGCUGGAACUGGCUCUGAACGGGAACCGGAUUCACCUCGUGACAGCUGAGAUGUUCCAGGGGCUGGAGCACCUCAGAAUCCUCUACCUGGCAGGAAAUGACAUCACACAGUUACAGGAUUACACAUUCCGGGGCUUGCAGCGCCUCCAAGAACUCCACCUACAGCACAACAGCAUAGAGAUGCUGUCGGACCAGGCGCUGGUCGGCCUGACCUCCUUGGCUCUGCUGGAUCUGAGCAGAAACAACCUGCACACCAUCGGGGCGGCGUCUCUACGGCCGCUGGUCAGCCUGCAGGUGCUACGUAUCACAGACAACCCGUGGCGGUGCGACUGUGCCCUCCACUGGUUGAGGAGCUGGAUCGACGAGGAGGGCCAGCGUCUGCUCAGCUCUGCCGAACGGCGGCUGGUCUGCACCGAGCCCCCGCGCCUCUCCCACCUCAGCCUGGUGGAGGUGCCCCUCAACAGCCUGGUGUGCAUCCCACCUCUGGUGCAGCUGGAGCCCAGGAGGCUGGCCGUGCGGCUGGGGGAGAGUCUCCGGGUGUCCUGCCACGCCUCGGGAUAUCCGCGACCGCAGGUGACCUGGAGGAAGGCCUUCCAGGGUAAGGUGGUGCUGUCCCCCCGGGGCCUGGUGCACGAGCUGGGGGGCGGAGGGUCCGCGGGCGGGGGCGGCGGCGGGGCCAGAGAGGAGGAAGAGGAGGACGCCUCGGACGAAGGGAAGGUGCGUCUGCAGAAGAGCGAGGGGGGCGAGCGCUUCGACCCCGACACGGGCAGCGGCAUGCUGUUCCUCAGCAACGUGACGGUGGCGCACGCCGGCUUCUACGAGUGCGAGGCCUGGAACGCCGGCGGCGUGGCCCGGGUCACCUUCCAGCUGGCCAUCAACUCCUCCACCUCCUCAUCCUCCGCCUCCUCGUCCUCCAUCUGGGCGUCCUGGUCCCAGGCGAGCGCGCCCUACUACCCCUCCUGGCCCCGCCUGAGGAACCACCGGCCCGCCUCGGGCUCGGACGUCAGCCGCGAGCCGCUGUACGCGCUGGGCAGCAUGGCCUUCAGCGCCCUGGGGCCCGCCACUCAGACGGCCAUCGCCAUCGGCAUCUCGCUGCUGGCGCUCACCGCGCUGCUGCUGGUGGCCAUGAUCUACAGCCGGCACCAGCAGCGGGAGAAGGAGGCGGACGUAUCGGAGAAGGAGGAGAGCAUCCUGUACGUCAACGACUACUCGGACGGGCCUACCACCUUCGCCCAGCUGGAGGAGUACCGCGACGAGCGGGGCCACGAGAUGUACGUGCUGAACCGCGCCAAGCCCGUCCUGCCGCCCGCGCCCCCCGCCUCCGCCGGCCCCCUGGGGGGUUACCCGGCCCCGGCCCCCUCCGACAGCCUGUCCUCCUGCAGCCCCGUCCGCUCGGCGGGGCCCGGACAGGCCGUGAGCCCGGCCCCGCUGGAGAAGCUGGAGCAUCAGCAGGAGCCGGACAUACGGACCAUGCGGAGGAUGGCUGGGGAGGGGGGUGAGGCGGAGCCCGUGGUCACGUCCGAGGCGGAGGGGAUGUUCCUCAACCACACGGGCCUCUUCAUGGACUCCCAGAUCGCCUACGAGAUUCACUGCUGAGGAGGCGCCCGCGUGGAAAACUUAAGCUAAAGAAAUCCAGAGAUCCCUAAACGUUCGAGAUGGGAUACGUGACUCCGCUUGAUUCAUUCCGCUUACUGUGCUUCUUGUGCUGACCAUUCGUGUGUGAGACAUAAAAACAAACGACAAAAACAAACCGACCCAUUGAGGUGAAGGGGGGGAAAAACACGCAACGCAUCGAGAGAGGAACACGAGCCUGGUGCCUAAAAAGGAACGCCAUUCAUACGUGGAGGUUCAGGAGAAGGACUUUGUUCAGGUUGGUCCUCACCUCACCUCACCUGGGUGACCUCGCGUGUGUAUGUAUGUGUGAACAAACCCCCCCCCCCCCCCACCCGCCCUCACCCCUUUCUCUUACACUAUUAGACUUGAGGUGAUGUCACUGCACCAGACAAGGUCCCUGUGCUGGGGCGAGACACUUUGCCAGUGAAGGUGAUUACUUACUGAGAAUAGGCUUUGGCUGCUGUGACUCACUCACAACCGCUCCAAUCAAAUCUGAAAGUAAAUCCGUCUGAUGUUUGCAUAAAGUGACCCCCCCCCACUCCACAAACCCACACACACACACACGCACACACUUUCAUACAAUAAUACUGAGGGUAGACUAUAUUCUGUUGUCUAUAUGGUCACGGAGGGUAGAUACAUUCAACAGUAUAUUACUGCGUUGGAUCUACUCAUGAUGUUUCAACAUGAGAUAGCAGGGAGGAAACUCUGCGAGUCGGUUUAGCCAUACAUCUGGGACCUCAUGCACAAAAGCAUCCACAGUGUCUGAUACGGGACGUGGAACAAGCUGCGUCCAUGUUACAACACAAAUCACUGAAGCUAAACCUUGUUUGUGGUCGUACAGGGGGAAAAUGAUCGAUGAUUUGUGAGCGUGUUAUGACUGCCUGUGUGGGUACAUAUAGCCAGGGGGGGAAAUAAACAUAGUUCAAGUAAUUGGAUACAAUUCACCGUUACAUAACGAACAGCUAAUGUUUUUUUUUUUAUUGAUUAAGAUUCAGCAGAGGACCAGUCGUCCAAUUAUUUCUUCACAUACAACGUAUAUUAUCUCCAGACAGGCCUUUCGUACAGUCCUACUUUACAAGAGGGAACUAGUAGCUGUCAUAUCAAGGAGGAAAUGUAUGGAAAGCAUGUGUCGAUGGAGCGUUAAUUGGAUAUUAUAUUAUUCGGUCUAAGGGAAUAUUUGAGUUCAUUCAAAGUAAAACUUAACGCAGAUUUAGAGUGGUUUGCUACUCGGUAGCAAACCACUGUAUGUACAGAUUUACAUUUCCACACACAUAAGUAUUUGACUAAUUCCUUGCUAAAGUUAGUGUGUUAACAGGUUUUAAAAGAUAGCACUACAAGUCAAGUCAUAAAAAUAGGGAAUAUUGAAUUGUGUUAUUUGCUUAAGAGUCAUCUAUCAGAGAUCAAAUUAAUAUCGUAAAGGUGCUGAGUAAAAAUAUAUUCUAAAGUGAUUUUCUGUAGCCUUCCCUACCCGUCUUUUCUUCCUUAAAAAACGUCUCUCAGCAUUGGUUAUUCAAAUGUUAAAAAAUACCGACACAGAUGUCUGCUCCUUCUAUGUACCAGGGCAUAGUAGUAGACUCAACUUCACUUGUUGAGUCUACUACCCUUGCCCUGGUUUCUUGUACAUGGCAAAUGUGUUAUUGCAGAAAAGCACCAGUAGGGGGCUGUCAAAGAUUUUGGUCUUGCACCUAUUUCUGAAUAGUCAUGGUGUUAGGAGAGUGGAGAAAGGUUUGGAAGCUUAAUUUGAGUCGCAGUGAGUCGAAUGACUGGUAGUAGCAGCAAAUAACAGUUAUUACUAUGUAAUCAUACUGUCGGCACUGCUCUAGAGAACUGCUCCCGUCUUGUGUCAGGCCCAUUUUGUUGACAGCACUGCUUGAUUCACAUUUAUAAGAUACUAUUUUACAAAAGAAAAUAUGCCAGGGUUUUUUGUUUUCAUGUUCAGCAUGCCAGAAGUUCAAGAUAAUGCCGCCACUGUCUUUCUCCAAAGUUCUCAGGAAUGGAAUUUAAAAGCAUAGAAUGUAUCCAUCUGCGGUUCUCCUUUAAUGAAGUUUCCCUUUUGAAUCGGGACUCUCUCAACGGGCGUUGACAACCUCUGACACUGGGACAUGUCACGAGUCCAGCUUCCUAAGUCGCAGAUUUAAAAAGAGAUAAUAUACGAUAUCUUCAUGACGUUGAAACAUUUAAUGGCUGCCAUAUUUUUCAUGGUUAGGUGUCUCCAGACUGUUUUAUAAUUCUAGACUUUAUGUAGGCCUUUGUCUUAGAUUUUUUUAAUACAGUCGUCGUUUAAAGUAGCACAAAUGAAUGUCAAAAUAUGACUAUUACCCAAAAUAAUGGACUCUACGGGAAGAUGCUUGAUCACAGAAACACAUUCUAUCCGUUUAAAUUCUAUGAUUUCAGCCAAUGUUCCCUCCUAAUCAACAUCAAUGUACAGUGUGAAGAUGCAUGGUGAUGUAUUUCAAGGGCAUUAUCUAUCCUUUUAUUUCUCCUUUUAUAUGUAAUAAUCUUGUAAAGUAUGAAAGUGUAAGAUAUGCUUGCUAUACAGAUGGGGUUUCCUCUACAAACCUCAAUCUUCCCCACUCUAAGUCAUAUAUUUGUUUACGUUUUUAAUGAUGCAGAGUCUAGGAAUUCCUAUUCCAAAAGAUAUUAUCUGGUACAGAUGGUUCGUAAUAAUCUGGAGCAGGACAAUGCAGUGGCGGGGAUGUACGGCUCCCAGCCGACAGGUGUUGAGAUCCAUCCCCAAUGCCGCAGCCUACCUGCAGGGGGCCUCCUGGAGCCAGAUGGCCCCUGGGUCCCUACCCUAGGUCCCUUCCCACCUGCCCCACCUACCUGCUUCCUUAAUGACAUGUAUCUGAAUCCAUUGUAAGUCGCUUUGGGUGAAAUUGUCUCCUAAAUAGGUCCACAACGCACAUGAAGAAUGUCUCCUUUUAUAUCAAGGGUGGUUUAUUGACCGUUAUUGAUUUCUUCAUUACCCAUGGGACAUUUCUGAUCUCCUGGCUGGAAACACUGUGUCAUGCUUAGAUGCAACGGUGGAUGUUAGAUGUUGCCUCAUCCUUAUAUUCUCUUAUCCCUCAAGAACUUUGAAAGUUGAUACCUCAAAUGGCCUGAUUUAUUUGCCGAAUUAAUUCAAGAACAUAAUAUUGAUGUUUACAAUGAUAUAUUCGAUUCACAUGUCAUUCAUUUUUGUUUGCUGCGGUUAUCACGCAACAAUGAAAGAAAACAUUCAGAAACAGAAAUGUGCAUUCGAACCCACGGAUCAAUUCUAUCAUCAAGUACUUCAGCCAUUAUUUGAAAAUCAUGUCAUCUCAUUGUCUUCAUACAAUCUUUGCUAGAAGUACAAAGCUAUGGCAUUUGACUCAGCCAUGUCGUUGUUCAUUACGUAACCAGUGCUACAUGUUUGUUAUAGCUGCUAUAUAAUUCUCUGUGGAUAUACAAUUGUUUCUACUAUGGUUGGUUUGUUAUUUUAAACAUGUUCAGCAUAUUACCUAGUGUAUUGAGUACCAAUUAUUUAUUGAUUUGUAUGUUUAUAUUCAGAUCAACUUUAUUUAAUAUACUUAAUUUGUUCAAAUCCCUUUGUGAAUGUAUUUAUUUUGGGGGAUUUAAAAAAUGUAUUGUAUGCUCCAUUCUAUUUUAAAGUAAUAAAGUCAAUCUGUGCCGUU